CACUCGAGAGGAGCUCAAAAGAGAGAGAGAGAGAGAGAACUGGAGAGAGAGCGAGCGAGAGAGAGAGAGAGAGAAAGAGAGCGAGAAAGAGAGAGAGAGAGAGAAAGAGAGCGAGAAAGAGAAAGAGAGAAUAAUCCAAACCUUUCGAGUUGUCUGAAGUGUUCAGCCACCAGCAGGACAUGGCUACCAAGGCGCCUGAAGGCUCUGGGGCGGCUCAAACAGGGACGGCUGCACCAGCGAGGGACCGCAAGUGCGGCAUGGGAGACCGCCACAUCCACAGGGACGAUGUGAGGCAGAUAUGGAUGGAGUGCCAGUCGGAGAGCACCUGGUACAGAGCUCUCCCUCUCUCUGCAACUAGCAUGGCUGUGACAGGAGCCCUCAUCUACCAAGGGAUUUGGAAGGCAUCGAAACGGUUCGGACCAUUCCCCAAGCUAGCAUUGGCAGGUGUCCUUGGUUUUGCGUUGGGUAAGGCCUCCUAUGCCAGAACGUGCCGAAAGAAGUUUGAGAGACUCGGUCCUUACACUGGCCCUCCUGGAUUUGGACCGGGCUUUGGACCAAGCUUUGGACCUUGGUCACGGAGACCAGACUUUGCGCCAGGCCACAGACACUGCCACCACAUCUGUGAAGAAUGCAAAAGGCAAGAAGUACAACCAGCAGCAACAGCACAAGCCCAGCCAGUACAGAGCUAGGCACCUGACAUCCAUGCCACUUGCUUUAUGGAAUGUAUAGGCUUUUCUAUAUUACUUUGAUUAAAUACUAAAGUUGUCUAGUUGCUUUGUAAAAUUAUGGCUGAGUUUGUAUUAAAGUCCAUGUGAAGGAAAAAGACUAAACUGCAUGGCUCUGAAUUGUGGAGUUACAUUUCUCACCAUUUAACAUGACAUCAUUUUUA